AUGUGCAAGGUCCUGCUCGACCCUCUUCAGCCCAUGGCCCGGCUCGUUUACCCCAGACAGAAAAACAGAAAAAGGGUCUCGCCGGAACGAAACGAAAAGCGGGAGGUGACCAGACAGCGGCAGGAACUGUGGCGAGAAAUAGAUUGCCGUCUCCCGUCACGCGUCGCCUCGUACUUUGUUUACAGCGGCUUCGCCAUCGGUCAGCAGAGUCCCACGGUCCUGGUCAGAGGGCAUCGGGACGAGGAGAUUUAG